AUGGCAGCUAUUGGGAACAAGAUUGUCCUCAUCACAGGCGCUAAUCAAGGCGUCGGCUACGAAACUGCCAAGAACCUUAUCCUCUCGUCGGCAGACUACCAUGUGAUCAUUGGCAGCCGCGACUCAACCAAGGGCGAGGCGGCGGUCAGGGAGCUGCUCUCGACUGCGGGGGUCAAGGGCACAGCUGAAGCGGUGCAGCUCGACGUGACGGACCAGGCGUCGAUCGAGAGGGCCAUGUCGAGCAUCGAGUCGCAGCACGGGCGCCUCGACUGCCUGGUCAACAACGCGGGCGUCAUCUCCAUGGCCAACCCGCCCACGACGGCCGCCUUUCGCAACGUGCUCGAGACCAACGUCGUGGGCGCCCUAGGCGUGACCGAGGCCUCGCUUCACCUGUUGAAGAAGGGCGGCGGCGGUGGGGACGACGGCAAGGGACCUGCGCGGCUGGUGUUUGUCACGUCGAGCAUGGGCUCCAUCACGCACGCCAGCAACCCGGACUCGCCCUACUACAGCCCGGUUGGCACAGAGUACAAGGUCAGCAAGGCGGCGCUCAACAUGCUCAUGGCCAUGUACGGCGCCCGUCUCAGGGCCGACGUCGGCGACCGCGUGCUCGUCUUUGGCGCCGACCCGGGUCUCUGCGCCACAAACCUUACUCGGGACGCCGACUCGUUGAGGAAGAGAGGCGCUGCUGAGCCCUCGGACGGUGGGGAGCGCAUUGCUGUCGUGGUCAGGGGGGAGAAGGAUGCUGAUGCCGGAAAGGUUCUGGGGGUCUAUGGCGUGUCGCCCUGGUAG